AUGGUGGUGGCCUUUCAUAAUUGCCUAUGGGCCCCAAGUGAACCUAACACGAUGGCUGCGAGCAGUUCAGGGAUUGGCAACUACUGGUUUCCACCCAUCACGACGCAAAAUUCUCCCACGCCCCAAGUUGACAUUAUCAUGGUAAUUUUGGUAAAUAACUUUUUAGUCCUGCCCACUAGUUUUUCCGAGCAGCAGGUUUUCUCAGUUCGAUGCCACUGGUAUAUUGCUCGUGAUGAUGAUAGGGGUGUGAAAUUUUGGUUGCCAAUCGCUGUACAGAUUUUUUUCCCCUCUUCCUUUCCUUGUUCCUUCUGA